AUGGAGGAUCAUGUCCCCGACUCCUCGAUUGCCGAGGAUGAGGAGGUGGAAGCACAUUACCUGCCCGAGUACGAUUGUCCAGAGGUCGUCUUGAAGCCCCAGGUGUCACCCUCCAACGAGUUGAAGGAUCCUACCUACGAAGAAAUUCUGGAUCAUACUGAAGCCAUUCUUGUGGAAUUUGACCCCACUGUGGCCAGCUAUGAAGAUAUUCUACGGGCCUGGUCUAAAAUGAUUGGAGACAAACUGGGACCUUCCUCUCGUCAGUAUCGGUUCGCGGUGUGGUAUUUGGACGAUGGGCAGCAAGUCAUUGCAGAGAAGGUUGUCAAAGAGCUACUCGAGGCCACUGCAUCAGAGUACGACGAGGAUUGCUCAGGGUACAUCGCUGCGGAAAAAGCAACACGUUUCUAUCAGGCGGAGGAAUGGCAUGACCAUUUCUUGACAUCCAAUGCAAGCCGAAUGACGUGUUUCAUGUAG